AUGAAACUGUCUAGUAGCCGAUGGGGAGCUGACGUGACCGUCCUCAAGAAACUCUAUGUUGGGAGAAUCAGGCCAGUGAUGGAGUAUGGGACUACUGCCAUGACAAACGCUGCAAAAUCCAACACCGAAAAGCUAAAUCGUGUGCAGAACCAAGCAGCUAGAAUCAUCACUGGAGGCAUGAAGUCAACACCAAUAACAGCGAUGGAGACCAUAGCCCAACUGCAACCAUCACAAGAUCGGAGGGAUGUAAAAGUGAUGAUCCAAGCCGAGAAGUUCAAAAGGCUGACAAACCACCCAAUGCACCAGCGUGUCAAGAAAGUUUCCCGGAAAAGGCUCAAGCGCAGCAGUUUCAUUAACCAGAGCGAGACCCUGGAGCAAAAUCAUCCAGAGCUGAAAAUCAGUAUACCAAGAACUUUACCACCUAGCAGAACCAAACCAACACUAGACCCCAGAAUGUCACAGGACAUCAGGGACUCAGUCCCAGGUAUCCUGAGCAAGAACCUUCAGACAGAUGAGAUACGGAGAGCCCUGACAAUGGAGCACAUCCACAUGCAAUACCCAAACCAGAAGUGGACUCACGUCUAG